AUGGAGAUUUAUAGGGCUCGCGCAUUCCCACGGGUUGUGCUGGGCGACUGGGGAGAAGCAGCUAUAUAUGGAGAUGACCCAGCAGUUUUGCAAGGUGGUACACCCCCGGCUUCGACAAUUAGUCCAGAACUAAGAGAGUGGACCGAUGUGCACCAGUUUGGUUGCGUCCUCAGGCUCCUGUGCAUGGCUCAUGUGGAUCUGGACAUUUAUUCGGCUAACGACGAAGAAAUGGAAGACGGAGAUGACGAUGGAUUUGACGAGAUCGAGGACGAUGAGGAUGAAUCGUGGGAGCUAGACCGACCAGACAGCCAGACAUUAGAGAAUUGCAACCAAUACGGGGCGGAGAGGGUGUACUCUGACGAGCUAAUAGAACUUCUUCAGAUGUUCGAGAGGCCGGAUCAGGAUACCGCGCCCAUCGUAGACCAGAUUCAAUAUGUACCGACCAUGGAGUGGAUCGCCAGCACCUUACUACCAAAGGCCAGAAGUCGGGUCCAGUCACUAAGGCAGCCUGCAAUGCCAACAGUGGAUUAUUAUAAAAGCCUGGAUGUUUCGUGGACGAAGCCUGCGGAUCCAGUCCCAGGGACAGUCGGGUCUGGAAUGAAUAAGUUUGAGUAA